AUGAACUUGAAUACUGCCAAGGCGACAAGCUCGAGUAGUCCCACAACACUCAAACCCUUCUCUCUAGCUUACCCUCCACAUCUAACUGCUCGUCAACGCCGAGGUAUCUACGAGGCGCAGAUUCGGGCCUUCGUAGAAGCGUCGGAUGCUGUGGACCUCGAGGACGAUGUUCUAGCCGACAUUCUAGACGGAUUUGAAGACUUUGAUGUCGGUGAAGAUGUUCCUGUGGACGACGAUGGCGGGCCGGACCCGUUCUCUUGUUCCGCCUCUAUGCAGCCUCGCUGGACACCUCUCGAGGUCAAACGCAUGCUGAAGCUUCUCAAAGAAAAGGGAAUGUCUGUAUUCUUGAAGGACUACGUCGUCCACAAGAAAAUACCUAUACCGGAGCUACUCUCCGCAUUCGAUAUCAUGCUGUGCGAAGAGUUGCAAAAGAAGAAGCCGGCAACUCUGAUGUACUUUCUGCAAGUCGCUUUGUCACGGGAACUUCAGAUGCGGGAUCGUCUUACGCAGUACAACACUGUCAACGACGCCGUCGAGUUGAUCCGCAAGUCGCAGCGCAUCCUCGUCUUGACCGGUGCUGGAAUCAGUGUAUCUUGCGGCAUCCCGGACUUCCGCUCGAAGAAUGGACUAUAUGCGCAACUCAAAGAAGCAGGACAGUACGACCUCGAUGACCCACAAGAGAUGUUCGAUAUACAUUACUUCAAGCAAAACCCCGCUGUGUUUUACUCGUUUGCCAAGCAGAUAUACCCCUCAAACUUUGUACCUUCACCAUGUCAUCGGUUCAUCAAAGCCAUAGAAGAUCACGGCAAACUUCUACGCAACUAUACACAAAACAUAGACACCCUUGAGACGUUGACAGGCGUGAGCAAGGUUAUACAAUGCCAUGGAAGCUUCGCCACUGCAUCUUGUCUGGCCUGUCGUGCACGCGUUCCCGGGUCUGCCAUCGAAGGGUCCAUCAUGUCUGGAGAAGUCCCCAUAUGCUCCACCUGCGCGGCAGCAGAGACUUCCCGCAAACCUCCGCGCCCAAAACGAAAACGAAAGAGCGGUGGAAGCAAAUGGGACGAGAGCGACGAGGAGGAAGAGGGGCCGAUGUAUCCGCCCUGGAUCAUGAAGCCUGACAUCACGUUCUUCGGCGAGAAGUUGACGGAUGAAUUCGAGAACGCGCUUGUCGCCGAUAGAGAGCAGGUCGACCUUAUUAUGGUCAUCGGCACUUCUCUCAAGGUGUCACCCGUUGCGGAUAUUCUUACACACCUGCCACAUUCCAUUCCUCAGAUCCUCAUCAACAAGACUCCAGUGCGCCAUAUAAACCCAGAUAUCGUACUCCUUGGAAACGCAGACCCGAUCAUUCAACAUCUUGCCUCGGAGCUCGGAUGGGACCUCCCACCGCCAAAGUCUUCCGCUCUCAAGGCUCCCGCAGCUACCACCAGCCGUAAACGACAAUCCCCACAAGAGCCAACCCGCGUCGAAAACAGCCACAUCUGGCUCUACGAGGGCGCCGAAGGCGGGAAAUGGCUCGAAGACGUCCGCGCGGCCUUCCAGGAAGAGGAAGAAGGGAGCGACGAAAGCUCAGACGAGGACAUGCGGGAACUCUCGCCUCCGCCUCCACCGCCGCUUUCGAAGACGCCGUCCGCGCGCUCCGUCAGCUCUUCGGUGUCACGCUCUGCCAGUGCGCCGAAGGCUCGGUCCGCUGCAUCUUCGAAGGCGUCGACUGUCAGUGCUGCGAACUCGCGGUCUGCUACGCCUCUAAAGGCUGCUUCUGCCUCUGCAACGCCCUCGCGUGGUACGAAUGCUCGGGAUACCAAGAAGGCCCGCGUCCGUUAA